AUGCUGUUAUUAUUUGCCCAUCUCCUCUGUGUCUUGGCAGCAACAGCAGAGCAGUGGAGAGGCCGUUCCAUUUACCAAAUCAUCACAGACCGUUACGCUCUGCCUGCCGGAGCCGAUUUGAACGCAUGCGACCCUGGCAAACAGACCUGGUGUGGCGGUACUUGGAACACUACCCGUGAGAACCUCGACUACAUUCAGAAUGCGGGCUUUACUGCUAUCUGGACUAGCCCAGUCUCGCAGAAUUACGAAGGGCCGCGUACCGUGUACGGCGAUGCUUACCAUGGAUAUUGGAUCGCCGAUGCCUCCAAACUGAACAACCGUUUUGGGACCGCAGAUGAUCUGAAGGCACUGUCUGAUGAGCUUCACCGCCGGGGAAUGUAUCUCAUGGUGGAUGUGGUUGUGAACAACGUCAUGUCGACAUCCUUGACUCCAGAUUUAUCUACAUACAUGUUCAAGGAGCAGUCACAAUAUCAUCCGUACUGUGUCAUCGACUGGGGCAACACUACCAGCGAGCAGAACUGUUGGUUGGGUGAUACAAAUGUUCCCCUUCCUGACGUGAACACGCAGGACCCAACCGUAGUCUCUGCAUAUAGUGCCUGGAUACAAGAGUUGAUCCAAGAGUUUGGGAUCGAUGGACUACGUAUCGAUGCUGCAAAACAUGUCAAUAUGAACUUCUGGCCUGCCUUCUGUGGUGCAGCUGGAGUUUUCUGCAUUGGUGAGGUAUUCGAUGACGAUCCCAGUCAGGCCGCACAAUGGCAAGGAUCAGAUGCUCUCGAUUCCAUCCUCAACUAUCCAGUAUAUGGUGCCCUAGUGGACGCAUUCACCAUCCCCGGACCGCAGAAUAUGAGCGCACUUUCAGACAUGAUCGCGGAGUCCAAGGUCCUCUUCAAGGACCCUGGACUACUAGGUAAUUUCCUCGAAGACCAAGAUUUACCCCGUUGGGGGAAUUUGUCCGCAGAUCCUGAGAGUCUCUACAACGCUAUGGUAUUCAACUUCAUGUCGGAUGGGAUUCCGAUAGUAUAUUAUGGUCAAGAGCAAGGGUUCUCAGGAAGUGCCGAUCCGUGGAAUCGCGAACCUUUGUGGUCUUCGGGCUAUGCGAACACCACAACCUAUCAGCUCAUGUCCACUCUCAACCAGUUACGCAACUUCCUCGUCAAUGGAACAACCGGCUGGCUGCAGUCCUCAAUGGAAGUGCUUGCGACCACUAACUACGGCAUUGCUUUCAUGAAGGGCGAUGUCGUAACCAUUUUGACCAACAUCGGUUCUCCACCUCAGAACCUCAGCAUGGCAGCCUAUACGCCUUUUGGCGAAAGCAUUGCCACCACAGAAAUUCUCUCAUGCCGACAGCACGUCACUGGCAGCAAUGGGACCGUGCUCGUCGACUACAACACGUAUUCCGGCGCUCCUGCUGUGCUGGUACCCGAUACCCUCCUCAGCAACUCAGGUCUCUGCGGACACAACUCGGAGAGCACUCAAGGGAAACAGGUUGCCGCGGCAUCCUCUUCUGCAAGUUUCGAACCACGGAAACUUUCUGCGUCGGUAAAUUUGACUCUGUUGAUCGUUCUAUGUCUUGGCCUUUUGGGAAUGUAG